CGCCCACAGCGUCCGUCAUCGCCUUUCUUCACCAGCGUUAGGUAUCUAUUCACCCAUCGAUCUAAUUCAAUGUCUAUCAAUCUCCUUCACCUUCUUCUUGCUCGCACAUUUCUAUCAUCUGCUGGCCAAAAGUGUCGCCUCCAUUUUGCUGGAGUCCAGCAAAGGCCGGGGACUGUGCGUUGUCCCCAAGCGGACUACGGUGCUGAUGGCAUUGUGAAAAUUCCCAUCACCAGCUUAUUUGCGGGGGUCCAGCCUACGCGAAGCCACUGA